AUGGGCUCCCAACCAGAGAAGGAGAAUGGACGUGUGGAUCUUCGCCCUGAGGAAGUAAUUGGAGAUCUGGGGUUCACGCCCAUGGUUAAGGUCUCCGAUCCAUGGACCGUUGACAAGGUGGUCAAGGAGAUUCCUGGUGGUGCGCCCACUGAGGAGUCCUCUUCGCCGCUUCCCUUCUUCCACAUGCUCGAGCGACUCAAGACUACCAAGCGAGAAGGAUGGAGGCGAUUUGGUAUCUCUAGGGGAGAGUCUAUCGCCGACCACAUGUAUCGCAUGUCUCUAAUCUCCAUGUUUGCGCCUCCCUCUCUCGCCCCGAAACUCGAUCUUCCUAAGUGCAUGAAAAUGUGUCUCAUUCACGAUAUGGCGGAGCUACUUGUCGGCGACAUCACACCCGUCGACGGCGUUCCCAAGCCCGAGAAGAGCCGACGCGAAGCGGAGACGAUGGACUUUUUGACCAAGAACUUGCUACGAAACGUCGCUGGCGGCACCACAGGCGAGGACAUCCGCGCAAUCUGGCAGGAAUACGAGGACUCUGAGACACUGGACAGUCACUUUGUGCACGACGUGGACAAGAUGGAGCUUCUGCUGCAGAUGGUGGAGUAUGAGAAGCGCGGUGAGGGCAAAGUCGACCUUGGCGAGUUUGCGUACGUCGCAACCAGAAUGACGCUGCCAGAGAUGAAGGCCUGGGGCCAGGAGGUUCUCAAGGAGCGGGAGGCUUUCUGGGGAAGCAAGCAGCAUGUCCAUGGGGAGCAGGGUGUUAGUGGAGGUGUUACAUCUGAGCGAAAGGGCCAGCAGGACAACUACUACAACAAGGACUAA